UCCUUCUACAAUAUAUAUGAAUACAUAUAUAUUGUGUAUAGUCAUUAUUCUGGAUAUAUAUAUCCAGAAUAAUGACUACAUACACAUUAAUGUUUGCCGAAGUGGCAGCGACUCUCUGCACUGAGCAGAUGUGAUCUCAUAUAUACUCACAGCAAACCUUUAAGACACAUGAACCAUUACUUGUCUCAUUGUACAAAAGAGGGAAUUGUUCAAAGUCAUUGUGCAGGAUUUGAAUCAAACAGGGCUGGCUUCCUCGUCCAUGUGCUUAAUUAAUCAAUAUACUAUAAGGCCUGUGUUUGCUAAAAUAAAACAAAAUAUUUUCAGUAGUUUUAUGGGUUGUGAGAGGCUCAUUGCUAUCUCAUACUUUCCCACUUCUUCCAAAGUUUCUCCAAUAAUGAUGCUUUCUUAUUAUUAUAAAUGACCUUAAUAAUAGUGAUUUUUAAAACUCCUCAAGUUCAUUUUGAGUAGCCACACUUCUUGUUUUGGGAUUAUCUGCAACUCCUUUCUCUCCUCACACGCCCUGGAGAGAUUCUGAUUCCUCUUCUGACUUGUGCGCGRGCUCUCCCGGUGUUCCACCCACCCUACCCUGAUCCCCACUCUUGAGCCACACUCCUUUCUCCCUGCUCCUGAGUCGGGGCAAACAGCUCCAAGGUGCAGUUUCCCGGCCUUCAAAGGCCGCAGGACCAGUCUUCCGGACCCUCCWGGGUGCUGCCUCUAAGUGGCUUGCAGGCCCCUAGCGGCAGGCAAGUUCUGGCCACCGACGCUGGCCAAGGCAGGCACUCACCCGGGAACGCAGCGACUUCCCGGGAGAGAGGCCCUGGCGGGGAAAUCCCCUGGGGCUUGCAGGACUGACUGCCCACAAGGUCCGCGAGGCCAGGGGCCACUAGGGUGUAGGGUUCAGGUCCCGGGACCCAUGCCCCUUGGGGAUCGCGCGCGGAACUUGGGAGGCACCAGCCCGCCUGGCUGACCAUCCUUGAUUAGAUUAGGGCAGUUGCUGAAAACGAUGAUGAUUUCAAGUUGACUCAGAACUGGCCCUUGAGAAAAUGGAGUGUUAAUUUAAAAGUUGUCGGGGUCAACAUUCUCAGCCUGCGAUCUUGGAGGAAGUAAUGGUGGAGUGACCAUAUUUUAAACGGGUGAUCUGGAGAGUUCAUUACGACUCUGGUUGGGAGCAAGGGACCGGGGAGCUGUUCGGGUGGUUCGUGGGAACCACAGUCUCGCUUCCGGGGAGCUUGGGCAAGGGUCGCGGGUCUGCAGCGCGGUGACCCCUCGAGAGGAAUGAGCAGGUUUUCCAGGUCACUGGGGGAAACGUGCGACUAGAGCCUGCGUGGCGGAUGGGAGACCUUCGCACGCACUUACACAGCCCCGCAGCGGGUUUUUAUGCCUAAAAUGAGCCCUUCGUUUCCCAGGUCCGCUUGGGGACRAAUCGGUCAAACCCCCCAAUCCGCUUCCUUAUGUGGCCAAUAAAAGGGUGCUUACAGAGUUCGCGGGGAAAACACAGGCGAGUACCUCCCGUGUUCUGACUUUUGAAAACCCGACUCCGGGGAAUCGUCGCAUCAUUAAUUGCAAGUUUCAGUGUCCGAUCAAGUCGCGGGGGGUACGCAGAUGACUUGGUUUUGUAAACUCUUUACCGCGCUCKCCCCAAGUCUCCUGAUCCAGCGCGGAAAGUUGGGCCCAACUGGGGUGGGGAGGGUCCCCAGUCCCAGGCGACGCGCGCGCGGGGCUUCUGCCCAGUUUCCUGCCUCGCAGCCGAAGUGUCCGCCCCGGCCSGAGAAGUAGUUUGUGCAAUUUAGAAACUCGAUAGGAGGCAGCAGCUGAUCUCCCACCACCCUAAAAAUAAUCUGCUGCGGCGCACUGCGUGCUUCGGCUAGGGGAGGAAAGCUCUGUCAUCUGAAUGAGAGUUCUGUGUCCUGGUUUGAAAUUUACAUCUUAAGACAGUGUAGGAAGUUCCUGUUUGGAAGGUAGUACAAGUGCAUCCAUAGGGGUUUGAAGCACCGUCAAGCCCAAGGAAAAAUAUUUUUUGUGCCCAAGAUUAAGUCAAUUGUCCAUGAAAGGAAAGAGAGAAAAGAAUAAGUCAUAUAAGAAGAAAUGAGUCUUUCAUUUUGUGGUAACAACAUUUCCUCAUAUAAUAUCUAUGAUGGUGUAUUACAAAAUCCCUGCUUUGUGGAUGCCCUCAACCUGGUCCCUCAUGUGUUCCUGUUGUUUAUCACUUUUCCAAUAUUGUUUAUUGGGUGGGGGAGCCAAAGCUCAAAAGUGCAAAUUCAUCACAACACAUGGCUUCAUUUUCCUGGGCAUAACCUGAGAUGGAUUCUUACUUUUGCUCUCCUGUUUGUGCAUGUUUGUGAAAUAGCAGAAGGCAUCGUUUCAGAUUCACGACGAGAGUCCAGGCAUCUCCACCUCUUCAUGCCUGCAGUAAUGGGAUUCGUCGCCACUACGACAUCAAUAGUGUAUUAUCAUAACAUUGAAACAUCAAAUUUCCCUAAACUACUUUUAGCCUUAUUCCUGUAUUGGGUAAUGGCCUUUAUUACAAAAACAAUAAAAUUGGUCAAGUAUUGGCAGUCUGGGUGGGGAGUAUCAGACCUGCGUUUCUGCAUCACUGGCAUGAUGGUCAUCUUGAAUGGGCUUCUGAUGGCUGUGGAGAUCAAUGUCAUUCGGGUCAGAAGGUAUGUAUUCUUCAUGAACCCUCAGAAAGUCAAGCCUCCUGAAGACCUCCAGGAUCUGGGUGUGAGAUUUCUUCAGCCAUUUGUGAAUUUGCUAUCAAAAGCGACAUACUGGUGGAUGAACACCCUUAUCAUAUCUGCACAUAAAAAGCCUAUUGAUCUGAAGGCCAUUGGAAAAUUGCCAAUAGCAAUGAGGGCAGUAACAAAUUAUGUUUGCCUGAAAGAUGCAUAUGAAGAACAAAAGAAGAAAGUAGCAGAUCAUCCAAAUCGAACUCCAUCUAUAUGGCUUGCAAUGUACAGAGCUUUUGGGCGGCCAAUUCUACUGAGUAGCACGUUUCGUUAUCUGGCUGAUCUGCUGGGUUUUGCUGGACCUCUCUGUAUUUCUGGAAUAGUACAGCGUGUGAAUGAAACUCAGAAUAUGACAAAUAACACAACAGGUAUUUCAGAAACCCUCUCAUCAAAAGAAUUUCUUGAAAAUGCUUAUGUUCUAGCAGUUCUUCUCUUCUUGGCCCUUAUUCUGCAAAGGACAUUUCUUCAGGCUUCCUACUAUGUGACCAUAGAGACAGGCAUUAAUCUUCGUGGAGCUCUGCUGGCCAUGAUAUACAAUAAAAUCCUUAGGCUGUCUACAUCUAACUUAUCCAUGGGUGAGAUGACUCUGGGACAGAUCAAUAACUUGGUUGCUAUCGAAACCAAUCAACUCAUGUGGUUCUUAUUCCUGUGUCCCAACCUAUGGGCUAUGCCUGUCCAGAUCAUAAUGGGAGUGAUCCUGCUCUAUAAUUUACUUGGAUCAAGUGCAUUGGUUGGUGCAGCUGUCAUUGUGCUGCUUGCGCCAAUUCAGUACUUCAUCGCUACAAAGUUGGCAGAGGCUCAGAAGAGCACUCUUGAUUAUUCCACUGAAAGACUCAAGAAAACGAAUGAAAUAAUGAAAGGCAUCAAGCUUCUCAAGUUGUAUGCCUGGGAACACAUCUUCUGCAAAAGUGUGGAAGAAACAAGAAUGAAAGAAUUGUCUAGUCUCAAAACCUUUGCACUUUAUACAUCACUCUCCAUCUUCAUGAAUGCAGCAAUUCCCAUAGCAGCUGUUCUUGCUACAUUUGUGACCCAUGCAUACGCCAGUGGGAACAACCUAAAACCUGCAGAGGCCUUUGCUUCACUGUCUCUCUUUCAUAUCCUUGUCACACCACUAUUCCUGCUCUCCACUGUGGUCAGAUUUGCAGUCAAAGCCAUCAUAAGUGUUCAAAAGCUGAAUGAGUUUCUCUUGAGUGAUGAGAUUGGUGACGACAGCUGGCGGACCGGCGAAAGUUCUUUGCCUUUUGAGUCCUGUAAGAAACAUACCACAGUGCAGCCAAAAACUAUAAACAGGAAGCAGCCUGGGAGAUACCACCUGGACAGCUAUGAGCAAUCAACAAGAAGACUUCGUCCUGCAGAGACAGAGGAUAUUGCAAUAAAGGUCACAAAUGGAUACUUUUCAUGGGGCAGUGGUUUAGCUACAUUAUCCAAUAUAGACAUUCGAAUUCCAACAGGUCAGUUAACCAUGAUUGUGGGUCAAGUAGGAUGUGGGAAGUCCUCUCUCCUCCUCGCCAUCCUUGGUGAGAUGCAGGCCUUGGAAGGGAAAGUGCACUGGAGCAAUGUAAAUGAAUCUGAGCCUUCUUUUGAAGCAACCAGAAGUAGGAACAGGUAUUCUGUAGCUUAUGCAGCACAAAAGCCUUGGUUAUUAAAUGCUACAGUAGAAGAAAAUAUUACCUUUGGAAGUCCUUUCAACAAACAGAGGUACAAAGCUGUCACGGAUGCCUGUUCUCUUCAGCCAGAUAUUGACUUAUUACCAUUUGGAGACCAAACUGAAAUUGGAGAGAGGGGCAUCAACCUGAGUGGGGGGCAGAGGCAAAGAAUCUGUGUGGCACGAGCUCUCUAUCAAAACACCAACAUUGUCUUCUUGGAUGACCCAUUUUCUGCCCUGGACAUUCACUUGAGUGAUCACUUAAUGCAGGAAGGGAUUUUGAAAUUUCUCCAAGAUGACAAAAGGACACUUGUUCUCGUGACUCACAAAUUACAAUACCUGACACAUGCUGACUGGAUCAUAGCCAUGAAGGAUGGCAGUGUGCUGAGAGAAGGAACUUUGAAAGACAUUCAGACCAAAGAUGUUGAGCUUUAUGAGCACUGGAAAACACUUAUGAAUCGGCAAGAUCAAGAAUUAGAAAAGGAUAUGGAAACUGACCAGACCACUUUAGAGAGGAAAACUCUCCGAAGAGCCAUGUACUCAAGAGAGGCUAAAGCCCAAAUGGAGGAUGAAGACGAAGAGGAAGAAGAGGAGGAAGAUGAGGAUGAUAACAUGUCUACUGUAAUGAGGCUCAGAACGAAAAUGCCAUGGAAAACCUGUUGGUGGUACCUCACUUCUGGAGGAUUCUUCUUACUCUGCCUGAUGAUUUUCUCUAAGCUUUUGAAGCAUUCAGUUAUUGUGGCUAUAGACUAUUGGCUGGCUACAUGGACAUCUGAGUAUAAUAUAAACAAUACUGGAAAAGCUGACCAGACCUACUAUGUGGCUGGAUUUAGCAUACUUUGUGGAGCAGGUAUUUUCCUUUGCCUGGUUACAUCUCUCACUGUAGAAUGGAUGGGUCUCACAGCUGCCAAAAAUCUUCACCACAAUCUUCUCAAUAAGAUAAUUCUUGGACCAAUAAGGUUCUUUGAUACCACUCCCCUGGGGCUAAUUCUCAAUCGAUUCUCAGCUGAUACUAAUAUCAUCGACCAGCAUAUCCCUCCAACUCUGGAAUCUCUAACUCGCUCAACACUGCUUUGCCUGUCUGCCAUUGGGAUGAUCUCCUAUGCCACUCCCGUGUUCCUUGUUGCUCUUGUGCCUCUUGGAGUUGCCUUUUAUUUCAUCCAGAAAUAUUUCCGAGUUGCCUCUAAGGACCUCCAGGAACUUGAUGACAGUACCCAGCUCCCUCUGCUCUGCCACUUCUCAGAAACCGCUGAAGGACUCACUACCAUACGGGCCUUUAGGCAUGAAACCAGAUUUAAGCAACGUAUGCUGGAACUGACGGACACAAACAACAUUGCCUACUUAUUUCUCUCAGCUGCCAACAGAUGGCUGGAGGUCAGGACGGAUUACCUGGGAGCUUGCAUUGUCCUUACUGCAUCUAUUGCUUCCAUUAGUGGGUCGUCCAAUUCUGGAUUGGUGGGCUUGGGUCUCCUCUAUGCACUUACGAUUACCAAUUAUUUGAACUGGGUUGUGAGGAAUUUGGCUGACCUAGAGGUGCAGAUGGGUGCAGUCAAGAAAGUGAACAGCUUCUUGAGUAUGGAGUCUGAGAACUAUGAAGGCACCAUGGAUCCUUCUCAGGUUCCAGAACAUUGGCCACAGGAAGGAGAGAUCAAGAUUCAUGAUCUGUGUGUCAGAUAUGAAAACAAUCUGAAGCCUGUUCUUAAACAUGUCAAGGCUUACAUCAAACCUGGGCAAAAGGUGGGCAUCUGUGGUCGCACGGGCAGCGGAAAGUCUUCCUUAUCUCUGGCUUUCUUCAGAAUGGUUGACAUAUUUGAUGGAAAGAUUGUCAUCGAUGGGAUAGACAUUUCUAAACUGCCACUGCAUACGCUACGUUCUAGGCUUUCUAUCAUUCUGCAGGAUCCAAUACUAUUCAGUGGUUCUAUUAGGUUUAAUUUAGAUCCAGAGUGCAAAUGCACAGAUGACAGACUCUGGGAGGCUCUAGAAAUUGCCCAGCUGAAGAAUAUGGUCAAAUCUCUACCAGGAGGUCUAGAUGCAGUUGUCACUGAAGGUGGGGAGAACUUUAGCGUUGGACAGAGACAGCUGUUUUGCCUGGCUAGAGCCUUUGUCCGAAAGAGCAGCAUUCUCAUUAUGGACGAAGCAACGGCUUCCAUUGACAUGGCGACAGAAAAUAUCUUGCAGAAAGUCGUGAUGACAGCCUUUGCAGACCGCACUGUUGUCACCAUAGCUCAUCGGGUUCACACCAUUCUGACGGCAGAUCUGGUUAUUGUGAUGAAGAGAGGAAAUAUUUUGGAAUAUGACACUCCAGAAAGCCUCUUGGCCCGGGAAGAUGGAGUAUUUGCUUCUUUUGUUCGUGCAGACAUGUGAAGAAGGGGUGUCUAAAAAUGAUAUGUGUGUAUUAAACAAGGCAGUUAUGACCUACUUGACCUUUGUAGAGUGGCACCUUAAAUUUUUACAAACUUCUGUACAAGAAAAGAAGCUGACAUUCCUUUUUCCUGUUUUUUUUUUUUUUUUUGCCUAAUAGUUUUUCAAGGUAUCACCACUAAAUAUGUUCAUUACUGUAUUGUCUUCCUGAUGGCAAGCCACUAUAUCUUUAGGAAUAACAGGGUGUAUUAAAACAUAUAAGCUACUUUAAAUGGUAAAUCAACAGCUUACGUUUUCUCAUAGCUUUAAGUCUGGUAAAUAACUUUCAAGCAUAGAUGUUGCAAUGAGUAGUCAGUAUUAUUACACUCUUCCUUGUAACACAUUUUCCUUGUUGGAAUCUCCAAAUGUUAUUCUAAUAGAAUAAAGGAAGGAUGUGUUUUCUAAUGAAACACUCAAAUUCAUAAUCUACUUUAUGAGAAUAUUUUGUGUUCAUUAACAUACUGAUGCUGUUUUAACAGUCUCUUUUUUCCCCCUCUAAAUAGUGUCACCAAGAAGUUAUCACAUGUAUAAUAGUUCCAUGAAGCCAAUGCCUGAAAUGGAAAGAUCAUGAAAAGAAAAACAUAUUUGAAAAAUUAUGCUCAUUUCUACUCUUCUUUGUCCAGUAAUGAGAGAAUUCUUAAGGGCUCAGGCAUAACAUGCCUUUCCCAGACUGAAGUUCAAAGAGUGAUUAGGGUCAAUCCUUUAAUGGGAGGCCAAAUAUGCUUUUGAGGGAGUAAUUCUUCAUUAGUUGUGGUUAUGACCUGAAACCUAAAAUUCUUUGUGAUUCAAAGGAACACAGGCCUUUGGCCUUUCUUCUUUUACACCUGUGCCAUACCUUAACCAUAUGCUAAUCAUGGCCAGUGAACAUUCCUUUAAGAUACCAGUAUUCCCUGUGAAACAGUUUGAUAUCAGGGUGGAAAUAUCUCACACUUUGAAGUUUUACAUAUAUAACAAGUUAUCUAUUUCUAGUUGGAAGAUUUACCUCUGGACAUUUGUGCCACACAUGUAUCUAUUGUUCCUGCUCUAAUUUUAAUGUGUAUGUAAAGAAUACAUUAAAAAUUGAUAGGCUAUGGUUGGUUUUGCUUAAAUUGAAAUUUUAAAAUUUAAAUUACUGAAAGUUUCCAUCACUGUUAUGCUCACAACAUAGUUUAUAUGGAAUUCUGUACCCAUUCCAUAUAAACAUUAUUGAUUUUCAUAGGAUCCACAUACAAUGUAAGAUCUUGAAAACUUCUAAUUGACAGGCAAAGAAAUUGUGCUCUCUCUCCAUAGUUCUUGUGUUCAGUUUAUUGCAUUGUCUAUUAACUCUUUAAAAAAUUUUGUAUCAGAAUAUGUGUAUCAGAAUAUAUACACAUAUACAGAAUAUCACGAUACUUUUACCCAAAUAUAGAAUCCUAAUGUUGUAAAAAAAAUAUCUUCUACAAGGAUGGAUAAAAAUGGUCCAUGAGAAGCUUAAAUUGCUUCUCAUUGUUGUAUACAUAAAACUAAAUUGGAAAAAAAAUUAUUGUUUUCCAAAGCUACACAAAACAGAAUUGGUACCCCUAAAUAAAUUCUCGAAAAUAUUUUCUAACAUUUUAACCAAUCUCCUAAAAUAUUGCUGGCAUGACAAUGUUUUGUGGAGAUUAAUAUGCAUUAUGCUUAUUACCAAGUUAUACCUCAUUGUCACAGAGGAGUAUAUUUUCACUAUAGAAAUAAUCCCUUUUGAUACUUGUGGAUUAUACUCUUAAAUGCUGCCAGGUCAGUGGCAGAAAAUAUCAUUACACUAAACUGAGAAUCAUAGUUCCAUUUUUAUACCAAAGUGGCUUUUGGUCCCCUCCCUCAUCACUUUUACUUAAAUUUAGUAAAUGUUUAAUUGUUUACAAAACUAAAUUGACUGAAAAAAGUAAAGAAUGAUGCUUUCAAUCAAUCAUUUAUGAUAUCAUGUAUUAUCUACUGACUAUAAAAAUGACUUAUCUUGAAAUAAUUUUUGCUAUAGGAAUACAUAUUUGUAAAACAUGACCUGCUUGACCUUAUUAAUUUUUUUACAUUUAUGGCUUUUACAUUUGACUAACCAAAUCAAUUUUAGGAAUGUUAAUUCCUUAAUGUUUGAAAAAGCAAUAAAUUCACAAAACCUUGUAUUUACAUAACAACAAGGUAACUGUUGUCAUUGAAAAGAAAUUUCUCUUAAAGGAUUGUGUAUGGCCCACUUUUAUAAUAUUAUUCAUGACCCAUUCAGCUCUAGAUUAGAUACUAGAUAA